ACUGCUGCUCAGUGUGCGCGACAUGGACUGAGCGAACGAGCGCGCUUCUCGGACUUUCGGCUUUAGAAGCGCUUUUCGAGUAAAUAACGGGCUAGAAAGCGAAGCGAUACUAAAGAAAAACACGAUGUAGAGAACAUACCGAUGCUGGACCUUUUGCUUUCACACCUGCACCGCAGAGUUGUAUAGUAUCUCGCUUGGGGAGAAGGAGACCGCGGUCGGACAAACAUGCUCUCGCCGUUCUUGGCGUAUUUGCUGUCGGUUGUGCUUCUGUGUCGGAUUGCGCGCUCCCAGUACUCAAGUGAUCAGUGCAGCUGGAGGGGCAGUGGACUGACCCAUGAGGGACACACUCGGGAUGUGGAGCAGGUGUAUCUCCGCUGCGCCCAGGGGUUCCUGGAGUGGCUGUACCCCACUGGCGCAAUCAUCGUCAACUUGCGGCCAAACACGCUGUCCCCUGCAGCGUCUCUUCUCUCCGUCUGCAUCAAACCCUCCAAGGAGUCCAGCGGGACCCACAUCUACCUUGACAGACUGGGAAAAUUGCGACUGCUCCUCAGCGAAGGGGAUCAGGCCGAGGGGAAAGUGCACUGCUUCAACAUCCAUGAUGGGGCGCUCUUCAUCGAAGCUGUGCCUCAAAGGGACAUCAGCCGAAAAAUCACAGCCUUCCAGUAUGAGCUGGUCAACCACAGACCAGGAGCAGAUCCACAGUCAUUAUCUGCUCCCUGCCAACCGUGUACAGACGCAGAGGUCCUGCUGGCCGUCUGCACCAGUGACUUUGUGGCGCGGGGGAGAAUUCUUGGUGUAUCCGAGGAGGAUGAACAGACCUCAGUCACAGUGUCCUUAAGUCACCUAUAUAGACAGAAGACUCAAGUGUUUGUGUCAGGGGGCGGCCGGGCUAAACGCUGGACAGGCUUUGUGAAGAUGUCCAGGCAGUGCGGGGUUAAACCAGGGGACGGCGAGUUUCUUUUCACCGGGACUGUGCGAUUCGGAGAGGCCUGGCUCAGCUGCGCUCCACGCUACAAGGACUUCCUUAGGGUGUACCAGGACGCGCGGCAGCAAGGGACCAACCCCUGUCAUUUGGACACAGACUGAAUUCUUUCCAGGAAAGCACACAGUCCGCCCCAUCGCGAGGAACUGUGACUCUGCGAGCAGCUGUCUGUCUCUGUUUGUGUCUGCAGACUUGUGAAAGACUGUGAAAACCCACACAGAGACUCCUGAUUUGAUGAAUCUUGCUUUUUUAAAAAGAUCCAGUGAAGACGGAUGAAGUUGGACUUGUACGAACUAAAGCCAAUGCCUAUUGUCUUAAUGUCUCAAGACUUUUUAGUUUUUCUGAAAAUGUAGCAGAUCUGGCUAUUGAAUGUGUACAAAUGUGAAUCGAACAUUCUCAAAAAGCAGAGGUCCUGAAAUGCUUUGUAAAAAGCUUGUUGUACAGUUUUUGCAAUUGUUUCUAUGACAGAAAUAUAUUGAAGAAAAAAGACUGCUUUUUCAUGUUUAAUUUUUAUUUUUUAAGAAAAUUUGAAGUGCAAUUCCUGCCUGUGCUUGUUGAUGUUUCUUUUUUUCAGGCUGUUCAAUUGCAAAUGUGUCUCUCCAAGGAUUAAAACUAUUUUUUUUCUCUUUGGAAUUAAA